CCGAGAGCGCGCGCGCGUUGCCAUGGUGGCGCAGCGUCCGUAGCCGGAGCUCCGCUGGCAAGCGGUGCCGAAAGCAGAGCGAGGCAAAUAGAUAGACUGACGGACGGCUGGCCUGAGGGCGGCACGGCGCGGAGCCCGACUCAGCGGCCGGCCUCACCUCCGCGCCUCCAUCCCCGGGACAGUCUCAUUCCCCUCCACCUGGCGCACCACUCCACGGGCAGCCGUGGAGCCGCGAGGAGGGAGGCCCCCGAGCCCCGCGAGCCUGACGUAGGGCGGCCCCGCCGCGAGCCCUUGGCCCCGGGGCGGCACGCCGAGCCCGCCGCCACCCCCUCCGUCCCCGCGCAGCCAUGGACGCCGAGGUGGCCGAGCCGCUGCAGCAGCAGCUUUACGGGGGCCGCGGCGGGGAGGACGAGGAGGAGGAGGAGGAGGAGGAGGAGGAGCUGGACUUCUAUGACUUCGAGCCGCUGCCCGCCCUGCUAGAGGACGAGGAGAACGUGUCCCUGGCUGACAUCCUGUCCCUGCGCGACAGCUGCCUCAGCGAGCAGGACGUCUGGGCCGUGUGCUUGGAGUGCAGCCGCUCGCUGAGGAGCAUCGCCCACUCCGCCAUCUUCCAGAGCCUGUGCAUCACCCCGGACACGCUGGCCUUCAACACCAACGGCAACGUGUGCUUCAUGGAGCAGCUCAGCGAUGAUCCCGAAGGGGCCUUCGUUCCUCCGGAGUUCGACGUCACGGGGAACACGUUCGAGGUGCUGUCAUGUUGUUUGUGUUGUGUAAUGUAUGAGGCAGUGCAGGCCCACGUCUAUUCUCUGGGGGCCACCCUGAAAGCUGCCAUCGAAUACGGGGUUGGAGCCGAGCUGGAGCCCCGCUUCUGUGGGGACCUGGAGGCCCUCCUGGAGCAGAUGCAGGAGGAGAAUCCCAGCAGCAGGCCGGCCAUCGAGAGCAUCAUUGCCGUGUGUGAAGGGAAAGUCCAGGCGGCCUCCUCGUGCCAGAUCUGUCGGGACCUGUCGGCCGUCGGGAGAAGGGUGCUCUCCAUUGAACCCUCCGGGCCUGUCCAAGAUGUGAAUGAGAACCUGUGGAGGGGCAGGACGGGCCCGCAAAGCACAGGCCCCAAGACCCAACCAGAGGAGACGAGGCCGGAGGGCGGCGCACCCGGCACGCCAGACACGCGAGCCGGGGACGGCAGCAGAAGUUUGCCUCCGAGGCCGCUGGCCGGGGAGAGGGACGACCGGGAAAGCCUGUCCAAGGAAAAACUGGCUGCCUUCUUCCUGGACUCGGGGUUCUGCCCCGGCGAGCUGGACAGAGGCCUCCUGAAGAAAGGCCGCCUGCGGAAGGUCCAGACGUUCCCCCGGCUCCUGAUGGAGGCCCCAGAGCCGGGCAGCUUCUGCAUGUCUUUGGCCAGCGGGGCCCCUCCGGCCAGGAAAAAGCCGCCGGCCGCCUCCGACCUGUUUCCUCCAGACUACAGGAAGCUCUUUCCGGAGGGCAGAAAUGGGCCUCUCCCCGCGAAGGCCCAGCCCAAGCACCGAGUCAGAUCGGAGCGCGGCGCGGAGCCCCCCGGGGAGAGGGUGCCGCCGGCAGGCGGGGCUGGGAGGGGCGACGAUGGGGAGAAGAGCAGGCGCCUUGGGCCCGAGCCCGGGCCAGCCAGUCCCCGCCCAGAGGCAGCGGGCAGCCCCGAGCCCUCGGGAGACCCCGGCAGAGAGGCUCUGCCGCCUCUGAACAAGCGGAGUUUCCGAGUGAGUCCUGGUGCGGAGAGAUGCCUGCCGAGCCCGGCGAGCCCAGCAGAGCCCAGCGGAGACGCGGCCGCCGAGUCGGAGCCCACAAGCACCGAGCAGUGGGUGUCCCUGCAGGAGCUCCUGUCGAGGCUGGGGAGGCCCUUCGGAGAAUACGAGCUGUGGGCGCUCUGCCGGGAGUCCCUGUUCACUCUGCAGAGCUACAUCGAGUACCCAGCCUAUUUGUGUCUGGACUCUGUGCUGGUGGACUCAGAUGGAAACGUUCUCUUUGGGGCCUCGAAAGAUUCAGGAUUCUAUAACCCACUUUACGUGGCUCCUGAAGUGGAAGAGCAGAAGCUGGUCACGGAAAAGGCCUCGGUUUACUGCGUGGCAGCCAUCCUGUGGACCGCGGCCAAAUUCAAUUUGGCCCCGAAACAGAAGCUGGCCUUGCCCAGGAAGCUCAAGGGUCUGCUGCUGGACAUGGCCCGGAGCAGUGCUGUGGAGAGGCCCUCUGUGGCCCAGGCCAUGAAGGUGUGUAGCAGCUAUCUGCACCAGCGAGGCAUGGACAGCAAGAAGAUCCUGGCCCACCUGAGCACGUCUCCGCUGCAGGUUUACCAGGAAGAAGAAACCAUCGGCCUGCAGAAGGCCCGCCCAGGAGUGGCCCCAGGGAGCAGAAGUGGCACCGAGAAUGCCACCCAGCCUGGAGCAGGGUUUGUUCCCCUCAUUCGGGAUGGCCGGCUGGUGGCUGUGAAGGGCCCGGUGCCUCGCCCGCUGCCCGCGUGCCCAGAAAGCCUGGGCCUCCCGGCCGCGUUCGCCUCGCCGGCCACUCACUUUAAGCCGAUCGUUCUGGCGCGGGAGGCAGCCGUGACCCAGGAAGGCCGCGUGAUCGCCUGUGGUCCGGUCAGUCAGCUUGAGGGCCCGCGCCCUGCCCCUGGCUCUGCGGACGGCCCUGAAGGCCACGUGGCCAACGAGCAGGUGGCCGUUGUGAGCCCGGACAGCCCAGAAGCCCCCCUGGGGUCCCCCGGAGCACAGCCUGCAGCCCGGCCCGAGGAGGAGCCAACGGAGGCCUCUGGGGCGCCCGGGCCUCCCCCGAAGGACGGCCUCCUUCCCCCUCGGACCCUAGAAGCGAACGCAGCGUCGGGAGAGGCCCCUGGAGGCCCCGACCUCCCCGCAGGCAGAGGCCUCUCCAGCUCCGAGCCUCCUCAGAGCAGGGGCCCCGGGCCCAGCGAGGGCAGAAGCGGUGCGGCGCCCCGCGCAGAGCCCGCCGCUGGGGCACCGGGCCAGAACAGCGGCCUCCAGCCUCGAGGAGGAGACCGAGAGGCUGACCGCAGGCCGGCCCCCUGCCAUUCCGAGGCUUCCUCGGGCCAGACCAAGCCCAUCGGCCCCUCCUUGCAGAGGGUGAUGCGCCUCAUCCAAGAAGAGUUUGCCUUUGACGGGUACCUGGAGAACGGGCUCGAGGCCUUGAUCAUGGGAGAGUACGUGUCCGCCCUGAAAGACCUCACGUUCGCCACCUUCUGCGGGGCCAUUUCGGAGAAGUUCUGCGACCUCCACUGGGACGAGAAGCUGCUGCAGAACCUCUUCAGCGUCGUCAAUGGGAAGGCGGCCCCCGCCGGGGGCGUCGGGGCCGCGGCUGAGGGCCGAGGUGGCGGGCCGGCAGGCGGGCAACAAGCCAAGUCCGAAGCAGGCAAACUGAGGCCGAGGGCCUCCCGCACCCCCGGGGCACCGCCCUCGCCCACCCUGCUCUCCCAAAUGGAUGCCAACGAGCCCUCCCAGAGUAACUUCGAGGUGGGAUUUAGGCCGCCCCAGAUGGCCGGAGGAGAGAGCCAGGAGCAUUCCGCGGAGGGCGGCUGCCUUCAGGACGGCCCAGGAGGGGAAGGCACGGCCUUCGGGCCCCAGAAUGUUGCCCCCUCCCCUUGUCCAGCCGAAUUCCGCAGCUGUAGCCCCGGCUGGUGCAGUGCCUUCUACGAAGCCGACUGCUUCGGGCCAGAUGUCUACGCUUACGUGAAGAAACUGGGGCGACCCAAAGAGGACGAGUCCCAGAACGCGGAGGCCCCGAGACUGUCGCCCCUGGAGGAGUGCGAAUGUAACCAGGAGCUGGAGCAGCAGCUGAUGAUCGAGAAGAGAAACUACCGGAAGACCCUCAAGUUCCGCCAGAAGCUGCUGCAGAAGGAGAAGAGAAGCAGAGGUUCCGAGGUGAAGACCAUGUUGUCCAGGCUGAAGGGGCAGCUGGAGGAGGCGAAGGCCAAGGUGCACUUUCUGGAGCUGGUCAAGAAGUACCUGCAGGUGGCCUACGCGGAGCAGUGGGGGCUGCAGCCCUGGGCGCUGCCGGUCAUCGUGAACAUCGCGGCGGCCGCCCGCCUCGACACCCUGGACUUCAGCCCCCUGGACGAGUCGUCGUCCCUCAUCUUCUACAACGUCAACAAGCACCAGGGCAACCCCAAGCAGAAGAGCUCCCGCGUGCUCCAGGCGGGGACCCCGCUGGGGCUCAUGGCCUACCUCUACUCCAGCGAUGCUUUUCUGGAGGGCUACGUCCAGCAGUUCCUCUACACCUUUCGCUAUUUCUGCACCCCAGAAGACUUCCUGCAGUUCCUUCUGGACAGGAUCAAUAGCACUUUGUCCAGAGCCAACCAGGACCCCACGUCCACCUUCACCAAGAUCUAUAAUCGCAGUUUCUGCAUCCUACAGGCUUGGAUUGAAGACUGCUAUACUGUAGACUUUACCAGGAACACCGGGCUCUUGGAAAAGCUCGAGGAGUUCAUUUCUUCCAAGGUAGUUCCCCUUGAUGGCUAUGGGGAACAUUUGAGGUCCUUUCUCGAAGUUGCCACAGAUGGAAAAUGCGAGGGCCCUUCCCGCCUCGGUGACUUGGAGGAUGAGAAAGAGGCUGAUGAAGACAGCCGGUCUCUGAACGCGCUGUGCAAAAAGCUCUCUGAGGAGAACCUCUCUCGGAAGGGUUUUAAUUGGAAGCUUCCCAGGGGCAAUGGCUUCAUCCUGCCUCACCACAAAGAAAGGCCGUACACCAUCGCCUCUGCCCUCCCCAAGCCCUGCUUCUUGGAGGAAUUCUGUGGUGCCUAUGGCAAGACCAGCGAGAAGGGGCCCUACUUCCUCACCGAGUACAGCACCCACCAGCUCUUCACCCAGCUAACCCUGAUGCAGCAGGAAAUGUUCCAGAAGUGCCACCCCGUCCAUUUCUUGAAUUCCCGAGCCCUCGGCGUCCUGGACAAAAGCACAGCCUUGCCAAAAUGUGGGUCCUCCGAGUCGCUGUCUGCCAAGGCUGGGAGCCUGUUUCUGCCCAGCUACAGCCAGGACAAGUACCUGCUGCAGCUCCUGAGAAACGCAGACAACAUCAGCACCUGGGUGGCUGCCGAAAUCGUGACAAGCCACACUUCUAAGCUGCAGGUCAACCUCCUCUCCAAGUUCCUGCUGGUGGCCAAGGCCUCGUACGAGCAGAGGAACUUCUCCACAGCCAUGCAGAUCCUGGGGGGCCUGGAGCACCUCCUGGUCAGGCAGCUGCCGGCCUGGAAGGUCCUCCCGGCCAAGAUCGCCGAGAUCAUGGAGGAGCUGAAGGCUGUGGAGGUGUUCCUGAAGAGCGACAGCGUGUGCUUGAUGGAAGGCCGCCGCUUCCGCACGCAGCCCACCAUCCCGUCGGCCCACCUGCUGGCCAUGCACAUCCAGCAGCUGGAGACGGGCGGCUUCACCAUGACCAACGGGGCCCACAAGUGGAGCAAGCUGAGGAACAUCGCCAAGGUGGUGAGCCAGGUGCACGCGUUCCAGGAGAACCCGUUCACCUUCGCGGCGGACCACAAGCUGCAGGCGUACCUCAAGCAGAGGAUCGCGCGCUUCAGCGGGGCCGACAUCUCCCUCUUGGCCGCGGACAACCGGGCCAACUUCCACCAGGUUCCCGAAGAAAAGCAUUCCCGGAAGAUCCAGGACACGUUGCGCCGGAUGAAGGCCACGUUUCAGUAGUGGUGGGCGUCCGGCCGGGCCGUGGCGGGAGGUGGAGGGGAGCCCCCCAACCCGGACGGGCCCCCCGAGCGCUCCCAGCCCAGCCCAGGACACCUCGCACCGGGGAAGGAAGGGGGGAUGGGGUAGAACCGAAGCAGGGACGACCGUGGCCUCGGUGGCGGUCCACGUCCUCCUGUCCACACACCCUUUGGCCCUGGCUCCUCCUGGUUUUUCUUCUCUCCGGUGGGGAGACCUCCUAGCCAUUCACUGGGGGGGGGGGGGGGGGGCUCAGCCCCUUUGACCCGCGGGCCCGGGUGAGCUCUGGAAGGCCAAGGGGAAGUCAAGCCCCUGCUGGGGACUUCCAGGGAAUGUCUCGCCAUUGAGCCACGCUGCCACGGCCCAGAGGGAGCUCCCUGGCUACUUUCUGAGCGGGCCAAAGUCCACCUGAGCCCUGAAAGGCCCCCCGUCCGAGCCCCGACCCCGGAGCCCACCAUCCCCAGGACCGGGAAGAUCUGAGCAAGCUUUGAGGGCGUCUUCACUGGCCUGAGCCCCAGGGAGGGCUUCCAUGGGGUUGUAGCAGCAGCGAGGUCACCACACAGGCCCUGGGGAGCCCUUGAGGUCAGGCCAGAGAGGGAGGACCGCUGGGGCGGCAGCAGAGGCCUCCGGGUCCUUGUACACGUGUGGGGCCUCCUCCCAAGGGGGAAGUCCGCCUGGGCCCCCCCACUUAGGACGGACUGGCAGGAGAGAGGCUGCCCCAGGAUGCCAGCAGCGCCCGGGAGUCACCAAGGCCGCCCCUUGGCCGUCCGCCGGCCUGGCUGGCUGCUGCCCCCUUCGCUGGGCCUUCACUGAAGUCUCCCGCAAGAAUCCCAACAUCAGCCCCUGCACCCCGCUGGAAGUGACUCCCAAGCGGCCCGAUCCCUGCUUCGGCCCCUCACUGCACGCUUGCCAGCUCAGCCGCCACAAACGGUGCCUCUCCCGGCUGCCGCUGCCGCUCCAGGCCCGCCUCUGCCCAAAUGAGCCCCUUCUCCUGCAGAGAACCAGCUGGCCUCUUCCCGUGAGCCAGGCCCGAGGCAUUGGCGUCUCAGGGUGCCCCCCGGCUCCCCAGGGCCCCUGCUUCCCAAUCGUGUGCCCCCCCCACCCCCCCCAGCGAUCUCUGAUCCUGGGCCCAGGCCGGGUUCGAGUUUUCCCUCCUGUGUCUCGGCACACAGAUUCAGCGCCUCUGCGGAUGCCUUCUCUUCACACCCAGCCUGCUUUGGGCCCGAGUGAGCCAGAGGAGCUAGGAAGAUGGUACGGGACCCAGACCCGGGCUGAGCAGCCUCAUGGCUGCCCCUGCCAGCCCCAGGAAAAGAGAAGAGAAUAUUUGGGCCAAGGGCAGAAGAGAGCCUGCAGUUGGAUCUGGUGGGCAGGUGCCAGCCUGGCAUGACCUCGAACACGGGCAGGGAGGCAGCCCUCAAAGCAUCACCAACCCAAGCCAGUAUAGUACCUACGGGCCAAGGGCUCCCUCCUUUGGGCCUCGCCCGCUCGUCUUCCCUGUCCCUCUUCCUCAGGCCUACGUCCCCUUUUCCGUCCCGUUAGUUUUAAGGCUUAAGAGAAUUCUGGGAUGUCUGGUUUGUUCCUUCGUGUGUCCUCACGGCUCCACAGAGGCCUUGGCAGCCCUUCCUCCUUGUGGUCGUCGCCCGCCCCAGCCUGUGUCACCCACGCUGGCAUGGCCGAUCCCCUCUGGCCCGCUCGCCAUCCUUGCUGCAUGUGUGCACACCCACCUGUCAUGGGAGGGGCUUCCCCUUUCACAGGACGACGGGCUGGCAGGCUGCUCUCUGGGGCUCAGCUUGGCCCUGCCCACCAGCCACACGCUCUGUUGGAGGUUUGGUCUGAAGCCCAAGAGGGCACCUGGGGUCAAUCCUCAUUUCAGAGAUGGCAUCACUGCUGCCUUCCUUGGAGAAGCAAAGGCGCCAUUCACCCCAGCACUGCUGUCUGCAUGUUGUCCAGUCCUGCUGCUCCGAUUUCUAAAUAAAACCGUUUGUACCCAGACAAA